UAAAGAAGCACGCCUUGUUUGUUCAAAAUGUGUUAACUACUUUUCAAUUUUUACCUGAUAAACUGCCGAACAGGUAAAAACUGUUGACAAAAACUGCCUAUAACUUGGUAAGGACUGAGAGCCUGCAGUCAGUGUUAAUAAGUCUGCCGAAGGGAACUAUACUUUAUCGCGUUGAGAGCCAAAAGUGUGAAGUUCAAUCUAUUGAAUAUACAUAUAUAAUAUUUUUAAAGUGUCUGCUCAUUAAGAUUCAUAUAGUUCGUUCUUGACAUGGAAUCUAAAAGAGCCCAUCGAAGGUGCAAAGUUAAGCCCGUAGAAGUGGAAAAUGAUGCAAAACGACCAAAAAAUAAUAGAGUCGCCCAAGAAGAUGAACUGACUGACAACUUCGGUGCUGAUUCUCAACUAAAACUAAACGAAAAUGUUUCUUUAUUAACAACUAAAUCAAUAUUUCCAAUAAAAACGUAUCGAAUAAAGAACGAGAAGGAAACCGAAAGUGAUGUGGACCUUACGCAGUUUUUUCAGCAGUGUGAAAACGAUAUAACAGAAAUACUAACUCACUGGAUAGGAGAUUUUAAGUCCAUUAAGUUUAAUCUAAAAAUUUUCGGAUUGUAUGUAAAAACAACCGAAAAGGAAGAAAAAUACAAAAUAAAUAAGCAUUUUGUGGCACCAUAUAUAUCAAUAUAUGAUGUGGAAUCCAUCGCAAAGCAACUAAAUCAAGCGCUUGAAACAUUAAUACCAUUAUGUGGUGCUUUUCAAGAUGAAGAUCCAGACUGGACGUUGGAGAAUUAUCAAUAUUUAGAGAUGACAGUUGUCAAAUUGGAACACACUUCAUAUACAGUUGGGCUUGUGCCCACACCGCGGAGUUUACAAACCAGAUGUACACUGAUAAAUGUGAAAAAUAAUGAUGAUUUCUGUUUUAAGUGGAGCAUUUUAGCGUACAUUGCCUAUAGAAAAAUUAAAAACUGCACUUUUGAAAACCAUUUGGCAAAACAAAAUGCUAUCGCCAAGUUAGAAUCUCAUGAUCAUUACCAAGUCUCAGACAUUUCAGAGGACAUUAUUGAAUACGAUAUGUUUAUACUUAAUUUUACGGGGAUAAAGUUUCCCAUAACCAGAGAAUGUAUUUCGCUCUUUGAGUCAAACAAUAAAUAUAUUAGCAUAAAUAUAUUUGAAGUAGAUGAUGAUGAUACUAGUUUGGUUGUACAAACUAUAAAAUCGAAGGAGAUUCGGAGCCAUAGUAUAGACUUAUUGGCACUACGUAAUGAGGAAAAACACUUGGUGCAUUACGCCUACAUGGCAUGCAAGAUGAAACCUAAUGAGAACAAUAUUAUUCGUGAUGCUAAGAAAUGUAAAAAAGAUGUUAUAAAUCCAGAGGAAAUAUCUAAAAUGAAGUUCACAUCAUUUUCGAAAAAAAUAUCGCCACCUGUUGUAAUUUUUGCGAGCAUAAAGAAAAUGGCAAAUCAAAAAGAUGAAGAACCCCAAGCGUGUGCAGCUUUAUUCUAUAUUGUUCAUCAGUAUAAUCCUGAUCUUAAUGAAAUUUGUUUUUUUGAAGGAGUGGACUGUAUUAAAAGGUUUGGCUUACAGUUAAAAACGAAAACUUCCGAACUUUUCCACAAAGCUUGGACCCCUAAGAACCCGAUCGACGCUUUAACUGAAUGUGAGCGGAAUUAUCAAAUGAAUGGAUCGUGUUGUGCUUGCGAAGAAAAAAUGACUACGAAUGAGAGAAAAAAACUUUUUAACACUUUCACUGGAAAGUAUGUUGGUCCUAUUCAUAAGGCAUGUAAGAUAACGUAUUCGUUAGCUGAACCAUUUUUUCCAGUUAUUUUCGAUGAAAUUGUCUAGAUCUGAUAUACAUUUGCUAAUAACUGAAUCCGGAACUGAUUUGAAGCCCAUCCCUAGCAAUAAGGAUUUUUAUGGUGCCUUGUCUCAAGAAAUAAGACUUCCUUACCGAAUGAAGUUUGAGUUAAGAUUUAUAGACUCAAAUAAUCUUCUGGACUUUAGUAUAAAUAAACUGGCUGCAAGUAUGGAUACGAGACUUUUCAAAAAUCUUCUAACAUAUUUUCAAGGCGAAGAGCAGUCGAUUUCAAACCUCACAUUUCCGCAUGGUUAUUUAGACAACUUUUCUAAAUUAAAAGAA